ACUUAGAGAUAUCCUUUGAUUAGUGUUUUUGAUUUUUGGGUUUCUUGGUGUCUCUGGAUUGUGGUCUUCUUGUGGGUUUUUUGUGUUCUUGAAAUUUAGUUCUUCUCAUUUUUUUUAGUGUUUUAGACUUUUUUUUUGUUGUGGCUGAAAUUUGGCUUCUAGGGAGGCUGGUGAGGGUGGUCAGUGUUGAAAGAGACCUUGCUGCUUCAGAUACUUGGCUCCAUGAAUAUAAGACCAUUUGUUACUUGCUAUGAUCCCAGAGGAGUUGUGAAUUGCGGGAUUAGAAAGCACAGGAAUUCUAAAAAAUUGGAGGAGAGGCUUGAGCAACCGAAACUGCUCAAAAAGGCCAAAUCAAUAGCACCAUGGCACUCUUGCACCAAUUGAAGGCCGUCCUAGCAUGACUCCGGUCUUACGUCCUAGGGGCAUUGGUUUAAAGUAUAACUUACUUUUUUCAACUCUUAAAGCUAGGACAGAGAGAAAAGCUGCUGGUGUUCCUGAUUGUGAGGGGGCUGCAACUACAAAAGCCCCGUGGAACACACCUGAGCUCUUCGAUCUUUCAGCCCUUGAAGGAGAAACAAUUAGAGUGUGGGAAGAUGGAACAAAGAGGAUUGGUCGGCGUAGCUUUAGUAUACUACGAGCUUGCGUGCUGCCUUUGCACAAAUGGAAUGGGACUGUCUCAUAUUAUCAAAUUUGGCAUUGGAGAAACAACUUCAUACGGCAAGGGAAGAGCUUAGUCAAGCCCUUUACCAGGUUUCUAUUUUUUUCGUCAUCAACUAUUGGUUCUUGUAUAAGUUUUAUAUAAUUUCUGUAUGUAGAUUGAUUCAAUGUGGUAUAUCUAUGUGUUGGCAGCAUGAUGCUGCUUGUAUAAGUUUUAUAUAAUUUGUCUACGUAGAUUGAUUCAAUGUUCUAACUAGCUAAACAGUUAGAACAGAAGUUUCUGGAAUAACAAGAAAGAGAAGGAGAUUACCUAAUUUACAUAUGAAUAUCAUGUCAGAUAGAUGUCCUCUGAUUUAUGUUUGUCAUUGAUUCAAAUUAAUCAAACUGCAAACUACA